AUGCGUUUCCAGCCCGCUGCUGCUUUCGCUAUUCUAGCGGUCACCACCGGUAUCGCAGCACCGCUUAGCUCCUCCAAAGCCUCCAUCGAUCAAGUCGACGUCGACGUCCAAGAGAGGAAUUUGCAGGACCUUUCGUCAGCUGCAGAGGACGUCACUGGGCUCGUAAAACGUAUCGAAGGGUAUUACGACUUCAACUUUGCAAGCACAUUCAGAGGUGCCAAGCACCCGGUCAACGGCGUCAUCUUGUCUAUGGUCUACAGAGCGGGGAGCCUCUUUGUCACCAUGCACAACACCCUGACUCAGGACAUUUCUGCCUACAUUUCAGAAGUCACCCAGGGCGGAGACAUUAUGGCCGUAGCGGUGGAGGCCGGCAAGACGGUCGAGUGGACUCUGAAGCUGGGCACGGAUUUCGUCCUGGGGGACAUAGGCAAGUUCUCCUGGAAGACGGACUACUAG